GUAAAUUGAUACGAUUAUCACCAAUAGAGACGGCAAAAUAUUACGAAGCAGUGUAAACUUAAAACAAGAAUAGGAUUUUUCUUUUGUUUAGACAUGGCUGUACCAGGGAAAAAGAUGCCAAAAACAUUUUCAUCAUCAUCAACUAUGGGGUCUGAUGAAGACCUUAAAGUUUUUUGCCAGCCAUGCGACCGUGAUGGUCCUCGACUCCCUGCCCAUGGCUAUUGUGUUGACUGCAGGGAGCAUCUGUGUGAGACCUGCUUUAUAGUUCACAAGAGACAUACACUUUCAAGGCAUCAUACACUUCUAGAUAAAAACAGCAUGCCACAAAGCAUUUCUUCAGUCUCUGUUCAUCCAACACAGCCUGACAACUUUACCAAACCUUGCCCUAAACAUGCGAAAGAAAUCAUCAAGUUCUACUGUCAGAACCACAAAGCACUACUAUGCAGUGUAUGUGUUACACUUGAACACACAGCUACAUCUUGCAAAGUCAACUACAUCCCCGAUAUUUCUUGCCAAGUCAUAAACAGCAAAGAACAUCAAGAUAUCUUGAAAGCAAUGGAUAACGUUACUGAGCAAUGUCACAAGAAAUCAGAAGAUGUGAAGAAAAUUACUGCAAAGUCCAACAGUUCUUUGACAGAUGUAUUGGCGGAUAUAAAAAAGUUUCGGACAGAAAUAAACCAAAGACUAGAUGAACUAGAAAGACAAGCAGAAGAUGCAGCAAAGACAAUCCAAAAAGAAAAUAACAAGAACUUGGAGACAGUAGAAACAAUUUGCAAUGAUGUAACACAAUCUCUGAAGACAUCAUCUGACACCAUUAAACAUCUCAACACAUCCAAACAAGCAGACAAACUUUUCAUGGAGCUAAAAUUAGAUGAGCAAAUGAUCAAAGAUUAUGAGAAACGUGUCCUACACCUAGCAGCAUAUGAUGUCAAGGAGUACAACUUUAAAGAAAAUAAAGCAAUAUCAACCCUACUUGACAAGGAGAGUUCACUGGGUACAUUUGCAGAGAAAUCAUUGAAACAACAGAGUCCUCCUCCAGGUGCUGACAAAAAAUCCAGACAAACUACACAUCAGGGUAAAAUCUGUGUCAAAACAUCAAAAGAUAAAUCCAUAUGCUGGAUAUCAGGAAUGAUUCUGCUUACUCCUGAUCUACUUAUCAUCACUGACAGUGAUAACAAGGCUGUAAAAAUUGUGGAUACCAGUAGUCAAUCUGUUACUGAUCAAUUACAGCUGGAUGCUAUGCCAUGUGAUGUCACCUCAGUUACCAGUACAGAGCUAGCUGUCACACUUUCUCACUAUUACUGUAUUCAGUUUAUAUCAGUCUCCUCAAAUAAACUCAAGAAGAAACAAACUCUGAAGGUUGAUGGUGAAUGCUAUGGUUUAAGUUACUGUCAGGGGAAACUUGUUGUGUCAUUUCAGCAUCCUGCAAAACUCCAAAUUCUUGAUACCAAUGGUACUGUACUGACAACAGUCAAGGGAGAAAAUAUUUUCAGCAGGCCAGAAUAUGUUACCACUAACACUAAUUAUAUCUAUGUAUCUGACUGGGACAUUAAAACAAUUACAAGGUUAAACUAUCAGGGUGAGGUGAUUGGUAGUUAUGGUGGUAUAACUUUGCCUUAUGGUAUAACACUGUCAGAUGAUGGUACUGUUUUUGUGUGUGACAGACAGAGAAGUGUUAUAGAAGAGAUAGCAGGUGACUGUUCUACAGGAAAGGUUGUGCUGAAGGACCUCAAUGAUCCCUAUGCUGUCUGCUGGUGUGCUGAAACAUGUAAACUAUACUUCAGCUGUUUUACUGGACAUGAAAAACAGGACAACUUUCUUCAGGUCUUCAAGCUGUCAUAACUAGACAGUUUAACCAAUGUAUACAUGUACUGUGAAAUCAUUUCUUGUCAUUGAGGGACUUAUUAUUAAAUUUCAAUUGAUUUUGUAAUUGUGAUUGUAUCGAUCAAUAACAAACUAAUAAUAUUCCGUCAAUUCUAUUUUUAAAUGGACUUGCCUCUAAAUAAACAUGAGAUUCUUUAAAAAUAGACAGCAGUUGGUAUUAAUUAUCUUAAUUGAUAAACUUGGACCGUUUAAAUAGAUUUUUAAUGUGUAUGGUUCAAAGUACAGCAAAGUUCUUUCUAUUUUACAACAGGUGUCAGAUAACACUGUUGAGACUUUUCUACAUGUUUUUUUUCUUUAAAAAGAGAGUGUUUACUAAUAGACUUUGUGUGUUAUCUGCAAUAUUUUCAGUGACUAUAUACAGCUUGUUUAAAUGGGUCAGCCGUGUUACUGUACUUAUAAAAUAGACUGGCCUGGUUUAUAGGCUGGUCUGGGCUACGAUAUGUAUUUUGCCAUCGAAAUAUUUCUGUAAAAUGCUUCUUCCCCUUCCGUUUGGAUUCAUCCAUGUGUACAAACACGUUUCUUUAUUUUAUGGACUGUAGUAAAAGUUUAUUGAUAGACAUACUAUUCCUACACCUUGUUUAAAUGGGUCAGCCGUGUUGAUGUACUUAUAAAGUAGACUUGCCUGGUUUAUAGGUUGGUCAGGGCUACAGAUAUGUAUUGUAUUUUGCCAUUGGAAUACUUCUAUAACAAGAGCUGUCACUAAUGGUGACAAAUGCCCCCGCAGCACCUUGACCUUUGACCUGGUGACCUUGACCUUUGACCUAAAAGUCAGUAGGGAUCGUGUACUCAAUAAGUACUAUCAGCAAGUGAAGUUUGAAGGUCCUGGGUGCAAUGGUUCGCAAGUAAAGUGCCUUCAUGCAAAAAGUUAACGUUGUGACAAACGAACUAACUAACGAAUGAACGGACGGACAGUUGAAAACUAAUAUGCCUCCCUUCGGGGGCAUAAAAAGUUUCUUCCCCUUCUGUUUGGAUCCGUCCAUGUUUACAAACACGUUUGUUUAUUUUAUGGUCUGUACACGAUAAUUUAAACAACAGCAUGCUUAUAUUAUUGUUUGAUUGUUACUGUUCUCAUGCAUCGUUGAACUCAAAAAGGUUGUCAAUGACAGAAGUAAAGUGCAUACUGUUACGUUAUACAAAAAUAUUUUCUGUACUGAAAUGUUUUAAUGAAGAAAAAUCAUAAUUAUCAAAAAAUCUUACAGUUUGAGUUAUCAUGCGGGAUUUAUAUUAGAAAUUUGUAGUUCUGACAUGUCAAAAACAACAACAAACAGGAUUGCCAGAAUGUCACAAUAUACGCCCGUCACAGCAAAUUUCUUUACUCUAGCACCUGUAUUUGCAAAUGGAAUUUUAAUUUUGUGGUUGUUUUAAAUUGUAAUCAUUGUAAGUCUUUAGUUUUUCUAAGUCCACAAAAAAAAAAACUCCUUACCAGGUAGAGAUAACUUAAAAUACACCUAAAAUUGGAAAGUAACAUCUAUGUUGUACCACAGAAAAGUGGUCUUGGUUUUUCCCUACAGUCAAUUAUAAAAAAGUUACACUAUAAGUUAUUUAUAGUAACAACUAAGGGAAGUUAAUCUUAAAAAAAAAAAAAAAAAAAAAAACAAAAAAAAAAAAUCCAUAAAAAAAUGUAAGUCCACACAAAAAUCUUUACCAGGUAGAGACUGGUCAAAAUACACUUCAAAAUUGGAUGAAGCAUGCAUGUUGUACUACAGAAAAGUGGUCUCGAUUUCUCCCUACGACUAGUAAUGUAAAAGUUACAAUAUAAGCUAUUAUUUAAUUAUAGUAACAACAAAGGGAAGUAAUUCUAAAGAAGAGAACUGCGCAUGACACUUCUUCUCAUGAUGGUGUUUAAUUGUGUCAAGUUACAUCAAAAUCCCUUUAUGCAUGAAGAAGAAAUGCUUUGGACAAAGUCAUUCUUGUAUCUGACCUUUGGCCUCUAAGUGUGACCUUGACCUUAGACCUAGGGACCUGGUUCUUGCGCAUGACACUCCGUCUCGUGGUGGUGAACAUUUGUGCCAAGUUAUAUCAAAAUCCCUCUAUCAUACAUGUCAUACGUCCCGGAUUGACCGGGAUUGUCCCGGAAAUGACAUACUCGUCCCAGUGUCCCGGACAGUGUUGAAAUGUCCCGGAAAAUUAAAAAUACAGGAAACAAAAAUAACCCCCACAAAAAACUAGUUUUUUUUGGUCUAUAAAUUGUUGAAUUUUACAUUAAUAAAACACAAUAAACAGUC